AUGCAAUCCUAUUUGUGUUCAACACGUGUUUAAAUCACUUCAUAAUUAUUAUUAUUAUUGCAAAUAUUUUAUAAUUUUAUAUUAAUUUAUAAAACAAUUCAUUUAUUUAUUACACUUUGCAUUCAUUUCACAUCAAAUGGCCAUUGAUUUCAAUAAACAGGUCUCUGACUUUAAAGAGGAGAUCAAGAAAGAGGCCGAAGGACUGGUUCUCAAGACAUUCCCGCAAAAGAUACUCGAAUUACAAGCGCUUCUCAAAAGCAGUAAAUUCACGAUUAAGAGUCUGUCGGACAUCUGUAUGGACAUCAAUAUACCGGUUCCCGACCAUCCCUUCGCUCACAAUCACCACAACAACGACCACAACAUUAAUGACAAUCCCGACGGAGAUCUUCCGUCAAAGAAACGGAAGUACACGGCUAUAGAGGCGGACGGAGUGUCGGGAACUAAAGUGUUGGUUCUGCCCAAUGGUGUGGCCCCUUGUAAUAAACAUGUGGUCGAUUUGAUUGAAUUGGUUAAGCCAUUGAUCAGACAAUUGGUCGAAGACGCUAAUCUGCUAAAAAUGUGGAUUUUAUUCCUCAUUCCUCGCAUUGAAGACGGAAACAAUUUCGGUGUUUCUAUUCAGGAGGACACAUUGGGUGAGAUCCGUACUGUUGAGGGCGAAGCGGCCGCUUAUUUCGACCAAAUGUCCCGAUAUUUCUUAUCGCGGGCUAAGACUGUGGCAAAAGUGGCCAAAUAUCCGCACGUGGAAGACUAUCGAAGGACUAUCCAAGAGAUCGAUGAGAAAGAGUUUUUGAGUCUCCGUCUGGUUGUGGCCGAACUUCGCAACCAUUACGCGACUCUUCACGACAUGAUAACCAAGAACUUAGACAAAAUCAGAACUCCUCGUUCCUCUAACACUGAAAAUAUGUAUUGAUUUUCCCUUUUUUAUAAUUUCAAUAAAUACUGAAUAUCAUUAAAAAUUAUUAUUCAGCAAUUGUUUCCAC